CAGAAUACUAAUAAAAUCUUGGAAUAUAUAUUUUAUUUAAAUAUCAAAGUAAUGCCAUUGAACGAUUCAGAAGUAACAAAAUCUUAAAGCGAUAUGCAGGAGAGUUCCAAAAAGAUUUAAAAGAAAGCAGGCCAUUGGAAUUAGGAAGAACACGAAUCAUAUCUUCGCUUUUUACAAGAGAAUGCAAAUCAUAGCAAGGGUCAAAGAUUAUUCAAAAGGAUGAGUUAAAUAAUAGGAACAAGAACACCUAGUUAGUGUAGGUGAGAUUUUUAAAUAAUUGAAUAGAUCUCAUCAUUAGAAAUUCAAUCCAUUGAAACCUAUAAUCUAGAUUACAUAAACAAGAUUGUUAAAAACCAAAUAAUUGGUUAGAUUAUAUAUGUAAAAACAUAAAGUAAAAGAUGAGGAAGAAGAAUGAUUGAG